AUCUCUGUCUGACCGCGGAGAGAGGGAGAGCUCGUCAUGCUGAGGAACGGCACGUACAGAAGCAUGUAUCAGGGAGAAGAGGCGAGGCUGCGCAGCGGGAGUCAGGCUGUGGCUCGGGAGAGGAAACACCUUGCUCUGUGCAUUAAUAACCAGGACGAAGUGAAGAGGUAUCAUCGUUUCUGCAAUCACAGUGGAGGGCAAGCAGUUCCCAAGGUGGAGAGAAGCCGUCCUCGUAGGAGUGAGGAAGAGGAUGACAAUAGCCCUCGUCGCCGUGAUCAACAAAAGCAUCUGGAAAUCAAGGCUAUUGUGAUUCAGCGGGCUUGGCGUGCGUGCACAUCCCGCAGAGAGAGCUGGCAGGGACAAGGGGAGGACCGCGGCAGCCAGAGUCUGGGUGAGACGGUGCCUCCCGAGGGCCUCCAGGACCCUGUGGUGACCACCGGUAUUUCUCCGGAGCAGAUGAAGAGCCUCCAGAGUGGCUUGAAGCAUGUUAAUGAUGGGGGUUUCCAGCUGCAGAGUGAUCCUCUGACAGUGAAACUGGACAACAACAUCAAUAUCAACAUGCCGCCCAUUGAGACCAAGGUGUUGAUUAUCCAGCGGGCUUGGCGUGACUUCCUCCGGAGACAGGAAGUGGAGAAGAGGAGCCCCUCACCACCUUCCCUCUCCUCCUCUGACAAGAUGAGCAUGUCAAUCAGCAUGACAACCCUGUCAGAUGGCAGCACCCCGGAUUAUCGGGAGGAUGGCAUGGACCUGGGGAGUGAUGCAUCCAGUCGCUCCAGCUCAGAGUCCAACUCCAACAAGGUAACACCUUGCUCUCCUUCUCUUGACCUGGCCACUUUGGAGGACUACAAAUCCUCCCCCUCUCUGGACCUUGUCACCUUAGAGGACUACGAGGAGGACGAGGACUACCAAGAGUAUAAGAAGAAGGUGAUAGAGGAGUGGGAGAGUGAGUAUGGAGAGGGCUACACCUCUCCAAAGCCUCCUGGUCAGGAGGAAGUUGGAGGAGGCGUUGUUGGGGAGGACAUUCUUGGUGAGGGCUACAGGAAGACAGUGAACAGUCGCAGCCUCGCUGAAGAAUUGGAGGAUGUGAAGACUGUCCCGCCCCCCCCGGCUUCCGGCGGACACACUGCCACCUCGGUCGCAGCCGUCCCAGAGGAACUGAAACAGAACGGCAAUCUGAUUUUGCCCAGGAGCCACCAGCUCAGCUCCCCCGGUACACCACGGAGCGGCACAGGGACUCCUAAACCCCGCCACCGCAGCUCCAGCAAAGGCAGGGGGAGCCGCAGCACUGCCGGGGGUGGUGGUAGUGGAGGAGGAAGCAGUGGAGGGACUGGGGGACGGAUGGGGGGAUACAAAGAGGACAAGGUUUUAGAGGAGGAGCCUUUGCCCACCAUGGACUGGGCAGCCCUUGAGAGGCACCUGGCUGGGCUGCAGUGCAGAGAGCAGGAGAACCAGAACCUCAACCACAACCAGAACCACAUCAUGGGCAAGACCAACUACACCUCGGCCCAAAAGAAUGAGAGGGAGUCGAUCAGGCAGAAGUUGGCUCUGGGCAGCUUCUUCGACGAUGGGCCGGGCAUCUACACCAGCUGCAGCAAGAGCGGCAAACCCAGCCUGUCCUCACGGCUUCAGAGUGGGAUGAACCUACAGAUCUGUUUUGUCAACGACAGCGGCAGCGACAAGGACAGCGAUGCAGACGACAGCAAGACAGAGACCAGUCUGGACACUCCUCUGUCCCCCAUGUCCAAGCAGAGUUCGUCCUACUCGGACAGGGACACCACAGAGGACGACUCUGAGUCUCUGGAGGACAUGGACUUUGUGAGUCGACAGAAGAAGCUGCAAGCGGAGGCAAAGCUGGCCCUGGCUAUGGCCAAACCCAUGGCCAAGAUGCAGGUGGAGGUGGAGAAACAGAACCGCAAGAAAUCCCCUGUGGCUGACCUGCUUCCACACAUGCCUCACAUCAGUGAGUGUCUAAUGAAAAGAAGCCUGAAGCCCACCGACUUGAGAGACAUGACACUGGGACAGCUCCAGGUUAUAGUCAAUGACCUGCACUCCCAGAUCGAGACUCUGAAUGAGGAGCUUGUCCAGUUGCUGCUGAUUCGGGAUGAACUACACAUGGAGCAAGAUGCCAUGCUGGUUGACAUAGAGGACCUCACCAGGCAUGCUGAGAGCCAACAGAAACAUUUGGCUGAGAGGACCCUAUCCAAAUAAGAUGCCAGUCUCUGCUCCACCCUCCCCCCUCUCCCCUCUCCCCUCUCCCCUCUCCCCCCCCCCCCCUCCUGCCCAGCUAAGCUCCCGCUCCAAACCAGACUUUCCCCCUCUGGCCAUUCCACCUCUGCCCCGUGUAGAUCCAAACCCCCCGCUUGUCCCCAGUAUUUUGCUCCUUGCUGCUUCCCCAUCUCCCCUUGUCUCCCUUCCUGUCCAAACCCACUGCAGCAGCAGCACAGAAGAAGCUUCUGUGGUUUUCUCCCAGCGCUAAGGAUGGAGGAGCACUUCCUGCUUCCUGGGAGAAAAAGGAAACUGAUUGUGUGUUGUCAUGGAUUCUGUACCCAGCUUCCUGUGCAGUGAUCGGCCUUGCUUUGCUAUCGUUUCUUUUUAACUUUCUACAUUCGCCACUAAAUUAUAACUGUCAAAUGCAAAAAUUGUGGGAAAAAAUAAAAUAAUAGUGAAAAAUUAAGUAGAAAGUCAGUCAUGAGAAAAAAAGAAACUCUAUUGUAUAAAAAAACAGAUGGAAACUAACUUCUUCAGACCAUUUUAAGUUGGACAGUAAUUUUAUUACUGUCCUGUAAUUUUAUUACUGUCCAAAAGUAUUUCAAAGUCGACCUGUUUUUAUUCUGCACAAAUGGUAGUUUUCAACUGAGAAAUGUUUAUUUGAAGGUGCUAAAAGAGUGUAAAGGAAACAUGCCUGCCUUGUAGUGGAGUUGUAGCUUUUGGUAACAUUCACUCUAAUUGCUCUUCAACAUUUUGUGAAUGUUGAUUUUCUGACACAAGUCAUUUUAAAUGAAUAAGUGUGUUAAUAUCGUUUUCAUCCUACUGUAAUCAGAAACUUUAUUUGAGGGAAGAAAUGUUUAUGUACAGAUAUGUAAAAUAAAGAAUAAACUUUGUUUCAUAUACAUUG